GUGUCAAUAUAAAGUGACGGCCAUAUUUGCCGGUGCCGCUGUUGUAAACAAAAAGUGAGAGACAGACGCUUCACUGAAUUUCGGGUCAUUUUUAUUUCUUUAAUUUACAAUGUCUUUGGGAAUGUCUUAUAAACCCAAUGUCCAUCAGCACAUUCCGGGAACUUCUGGGAACCAGGUUGGAAACCUCCAGUCUCCCUCGGCAGCUAACCUGGCCACGUUGCAGUCUUACAGGCCCCUUCUGAGUGACUAUGGACCUCCGUCUCUGGGAUUCUCACAGGGCUCUACUGGUAGCCAAGUGCCUCAGAACAAAUAUGCAGAGCUGCUGGCCAUCAUCGAAGAGCUGGGAAAGGAGAUCAGGCCCACAUACGCUGGAAGUAAGAGUGCGAUGGAGAGACUGAAAAGAGGAAUCAUCCAUGCAAGAGGGCUGGUGCGUGAAUGCUUGGCGGAGACGGAGCGAAACGCAAGGUCCUAGCUACGAACCCAACAUUCCUCCCCGCAAGAAGAACUAACAGUGUGCGCCUCAUGACAAAAAACAAACAAAAAAAAAAACAAAAAAAACAACUUGCAUGGCAUUUCCUUUGAGAGGAGGAAGUAAAUGAACAAAGGAUGAAAAAAGCAAGCUCCUACAGGAGAAAAAAAAAAAAA